AUGAAUUUAGAUUACACAGCUGAUAUGUUCAAUCAAGCACUGAUUAUUCUCGAAGACAAAGCUCUGCAGAUGGCUGGUAAAGACCUCAAGCAAUUAGGCCUUCCCAUUCCUCAAAGAAAUCUCGGUGAUCGAUUGAGCAGAGAAAUGCUCAGAGAAACAAGCUACGACGUGAACGAGUUGGAUCAAUAUGUGUUAGCGAAUGAACCGUUACUGGUGAUAGGCCAGAGAGCUGCUUACAAUGCCAUAUUAGACCGAACCAAUAGGAAAGCUGGUGGAAUAAUUUUUCUCGAUGCACCAGGUGGGACAGGAAAGACAUUUGUCAUUAACUUACUUCUGGCUAAAAUUCGACAGCAAUCAAAAAUUGCAAUUGCAGUGGCGUCUUCGGGGAUUGCUGCUACGUUGCUUCACGGUGGUCGUACUGCUCAUUCAA